AUGGGUCGCGCGUCGCGCUUCGGCGGCGGCAACCGCCGCAAGAGUGCCGGCAAGGCGAAAAAGAAGGGCAAGAAGCAGGGAAGGAAGCUCGACGCCGAGGAUCUAUACUACGCGCGGCUGGCAGAGGAGGCGCAUGUAGAGGAAGAACGAAAAGCGAAGAAAAAGGCGGAAAAGGCUGCGAAGAAGAAGGCAAAACGCGGCGGCGAGGCGCGCGGUGACGAAGACCUUGCAGAGGACUUUGUCUUUCCGCAGUUUGAGGACCGCAGUGGCGUCGAGAAGAAGAAAGGCCAAGGGUACUUCAGGCAGCUGAACGAAGACGGGAGGAAAAAGAAAACGAACUCUUUCUCGCGUCUCCUGAACGCCUUCAAGAGUCCAGCCCUCCCCCGGCCGGGCGGCAAGACCAAUCAGACAGCCAGCGCGGCAGCAAACAAGAAAAGCGACUUCGAAUCCAAUCACGAGGAGACCUAUGAAGAAGAGGAGGGCGCAGAAGAAGGCGAAGGUGAAAAUGAGGUAGCUAACGAAGAAGAGGGGGAGGAAAACGAGCAAGAAGAGGUAGAGGAGGAGGAAGAAGAGGGGGAUGAAGGAGAAGAAGCGGGAGAGGAGGAGGAAGAAGAGGGGGAUGAAGGAGAAGAAGCGGGAGAGGAGGAGGAAGAAGAGGGAGAGGAAGGAGAAGAAGCGGCAGAGGAAAGCGACGAAGGGGAGGAAGAAGGAGACGGAGAAGAGGGAGAGGGAGAGGAAGGCGAAGACGAGGAGGAAGCCGCCCAGAGUAUCGCGGAGACCCUCGCGCGGGGUGACCACGCAGAGAGCAGCGACGAGGAUGAGGAGUUCGCUCUCGAUUCCGUGUCUCCUGUAGCCACUUCGUCUGCGCGUCUUCUUGGCGACGCCUACUACCAGGCGCACUACUUACCAGCCCCUGGGCAGUCGCUGCCGUUUGCGCCGUUUGACUUUUUCUGGACUUUCGAGGAGGCCGUGGCCUCUGACGCCAGUGUGAUGUCGCGGCUGUCUGUGCAGCAGAGGGCGCGCGUGGAAGAGCAGAAGAAAAACACACCCGUUGAGUUGCUCCAUCUCCAGUCUUCGGCCUUCCUCAUGCAGCAGGAGGCUGCCAAGGACCGCGACGCGAGCAAGUGCAAGCAGAAAGAAUGUGCAGCGCCCUCAGCUGCGGCGCUCCUUCUGGGAGACGAAGAAAACGAAAAGGAAGAUGAGGACGACGAUGACGAAGAAGACGUCGGGGGCGGCGCCGAGGGCGAGCAGAAGGGCAGCGGCGUGGUCACCAGGGAAGCGCUCGUGGAACGCCAAAAAAGCAAGCGGUCGCGAGGCCGACUGGGCAAGCUCUUCGUUCAGCCGCAGGGCUUCGCCCCCUACAGCGCAGCUCUGCCAUCGAACGCUGCGCAGGCGCCUGCGUCUUGUGCCGACGACGCGGCCGUCGCCCGAGGCAGAGGCGAGAAAGAAGGGACGUCGCGCGCGGAGACCCGGGCGGCCCCGUUGGAGCACGAGGCUAUCGCUCCGCGUGUGUCUGCUUCCUCGGCUUCUUCGUCUCUUCGCGCGCCAUCUUCCUACUUUGAAUACGUUUUAAGCACAGCCGUGCCCGCGGCGCCGUUUGACGCCGCCGUCUCGUCGGUCUACGGGUUGCCCUCGUCGCUUCUCACCUCGCUGCGUCGCGUGCUGGCGUCGCCGCGCUUCGCUUCUCACGCGGGCGACCUUCCCGUCGCCUUUCGCAGUUUCAAGACGCGGAGUCUGUUCCAUUAUCUGUCUUCCUACCUGGACAUCUCGUGUGCCCACCAGACCGACGCCUCGUCGCCGUCGCUGCGGCUGCUUUACUCGUUGCACGCCGUGGCGCACAUCUGGAAGGCGCGCUACCGCGUGUCCGUUCACUCGAACCUGAUCAAGCGCGUCGCGAACAAGUCGCCUGAAGAGCGACGAAAGAUCCUUGCACGCCUGCAGGAGCAGCAGGCGCGCAUGCGGAAACACGGCCUGGAGUCUGCUCAACGCGGCGAAAGCGAGAGCGAGACCGAGAGGGCUGAGAUUGGCAACGAGAACGGCAACGAGACUGCCGCUGGAAGAGGGGCGACCGCUGGCGAGGAGGCUGGCGCGCAGCCAGACGGCGCGGUUACGCCUGAGCAGGCGGAGGCAGUCGAGCGACAAGACGCGACGAAGGAGGAGGCAGAGGCUCUACAGCCGAGUGAGGCGGCAGCGGCAGAGCUCCCGGGGAAUACGGGGAUCGGACUGGGUGGCGAAGCUCUUCUGGAACGCAAGCGGAUGUCCUCAGACGGAAGCGAGGACGCCGCGACCGCGGAGGACGGCAAACGUAGAAAACUGACCUCGAAUGCAGAGCAGCCGGCCGCGGCGCCGGGCGGAGAGACGCGCACGCUGGGCAAUGAAGGCCCCGAGGACUGGCUGGAGGAUCAGGUGCGAGACGGAGGCUAUACGCGCCCGCGGAUCCUCUUUCUUCUUCCCUUCCGCUCUGCAGCGAAGGAGGUCGUCGACAACAUCAUCGCCCUCAUGCCAGGAAUCCAGCAGGUGCUGAAUCGGCGCCGGUACGAAGAGGAGUUUGGGAUCAGCCGAGAAGAAGAGAUCGAGCAAGACAAAAACUUUGCCACAGGCAACAAGCCCGAGGACUUUGUGAGCCUCUUUAGGGGUAACGACAACGAUCGCUUCCGCCUCGGCAUCCGGAUCGCGCAGAAGUCGAUUGUCCUCUACUCGCCGUUCUACGCGUCAGACAUCCUCGUUGCGUCGCCCCUGGGCCUCCGCAUGAUUGUCGGCGUCACGGGCGAAGAGAAGAGAGAGUUUGACUUUCUCUCCUCCCUCGAGCUGGUAGUCGUUGAUCGCGCGGACGUCAUCAGCAUGCAAAACUGGGCCUUCCUGAAGGACUGCUUGGCGGCGAUCAACCUCCCUCCGGUCUCCUACACGUCCUUCGAUAUUCGUCGGCUGCGGCCGUCACUGAUGGCUGGCGUCGGCGCCUCGGACCGCCAGACACUGGUUUUCUCUCACGGGCGAGACGCAAAGAUUCAAGGUCUCUUCAAGCAGUUCUGCUCGAAUCGCAGAGGCGUGCUGCACCUCUUCGACCCUUCGCAGGCGGUUUACGCGGCGUCGGUCCUGCCAUGCGUAGCUUGCGAAGACGCCGAAAAAAAGAGGGCGAAGAAGCACAAGCUCAAGAAGCUUGGAGGCGCCGUAGUGCGCGUCUCGAGGUCAGCGACCAGCUGGGAGAACUGGCUUCGGUGCGAAGAAGAAAACGAGGCGCAGCGCGUGGGCGAAUGUGGACUGGGUGGCGACAAGGACGACACGAGCGGCUGGAAGGAGCCUCGACGAGCGGCUGCGAUGCUGAAGAGCGUUGUCACGAGAGCCGGAAUGACAGGCGCGCAGCAGUUCUUCUGCAAGGUCUCGUGCUCCCAGUUCGCGAAAGCUAGCGGUUGUAUUCUGAAGCACUUCACCACUCGCGUGCUCCCCUCUCUGCAAGGUGAAUUCAACCGGGCGCUUAUCGUUUUGCCGUCCUAUCUCGACUACUGCAGACUGUGGCGGUCUUUGAAGGAUCAGAAUGUGGAAUUCGUUAGCUGCCACGAGUACACGUCGAAUCAAAAUAUAACUCGAGCCCGACAGAGAUUCCAUCGAGGUGAAGUCCCCAUUCUGGUCACCACCGUGCGUUUCCUGUUUUAUCGGCGAUAUCGGCUGCAAGGCGCAGACCGAAUUUUGUUCUUGGGACCGCCGUCUUCGCCAGAGGUGUAUAUUCACCUUCUGCUACACUCGCUUCCUGAUCAGGAAGGCGCGAAAAAACAGGUCGCUUCUGGAAUCGGUGUGUACGGGAAAACACGGGAUUUCGUCGAGGAGGAGGCCGCUCAGUUCAGCAAAUCGGGGGCCGCGAUGUGUUUCUUCACACAGUAUCAUUGCUAUGCCAUGGAGAGGCUGCUCGGAGUGCAGAAGGCGUUUUCCGUGCUUCAGAUCCCUGCCGGCAAGGUCGUGGCGGUCAAGUAG